GAAAAAACCCACCGAGACACAGACAUGUACUGGGACACUGUCAUCAAACCCGUGGACAGAAGCUCCAAAAUAAAGAUGGAGGUUUGCCAGAGCGGAUAUUACGCAGAAGACUUCAGCACACAGGAAGUGCCAGCUGGCUUUGACUUCUCAGCUUUGGACUAUCCUGGUGAAGACCUGUCUUUUCUGUUAGACAGUAAAACAGGCGCACAGCAGCAGUACUCUGUGGAAAACAGCUACGCUGAGCAACCAAAAGCCUCUCAACUCUAUGACGCAAAAGUCAGCUCCAGUGACAGUGGACUCUUCAACCUGGACUCCUUCCAGGACUUCAACUGGUGGACCUCGUAUCCACACGAUGGAAUGACAGUGGACCAGUCACAGAAGGGCUACCAGGAGGCUCCACAGACAUUCCAGAGCCUGGUGCACCAAAACGGACACUUCAGCCCAGCCGUGGAGGGCAACAACAGCUCCUUCCUUACCGGAAAAGCAGGAAACACAUCACAGAGAGAGUGUGAUCAGAACUACCCCCGUCCCUCUGCUGAGCUGUACGACUCUGAAGGCCAGAGGCAGUCAUCAUCCUUCUGGCCUGAAUACCAUUCUCCCAGCUUCACUGCUCCACUACGCCCGCCUACAGCAUCCUGCUCCUCAAAUCCUGUUCUUCGGUCAGAGCAGUACUGCCACCGUGUGCCCAAACGCAAAAACACACACCCGCAGAGGCCGGACAGGGAAGGCCACAUUACUGGAAUGUCUGCUUAUCCAGGUUCUGGCCCGAUCCAGUUGUGGCAGUUCUUACUGGAGCUGCUCCUAGACUCAGCCUGUCGUACCUUCAUCUCUUGGACAGGAGACGGCUGGGAGUUUAAGAUGUCUGACCCCACAGAGGUGGCCAAGCGCUGGGGCCAGUGCAAGAACAAACCCAAGAUGAACUACGAGAAGCUGAGUCGUGGACUGAGAUACUACUACCAUAAGAACAUCAUCCACAAGACUGCAGGCAAACGCUAUGUGUACCGCUUUGUGUGUGACAUGCAGAACAUGCUGGGAAAGACGGCACAGGAAGUCCUGGCCAGUCUGAACAUUCUGCCCACGAACACGGAAUCAUGGCAGGGUCCGGCGGUGACUUCGGAGCACAGCAGUGAAACAUGGCUGUCACAGUAGAGAGGGUGCCACACCUGAGGCCUGAGCAUAGUGCAGCUAGCACGUCUUUAUUGUUUUAUCUGCAGGCAGGGGUGCCCGAAUCCUUUUCUUAGAAGGGCCACAAAUUAGUCUGGAUGGAGGGCCACAAAUAAAUUUUAAUGUUACCUCAAACUACAUUGCAUAUAUCAUUUGAAGCAUUUUCUAUACCCACUGACUACAUUCAAGGGUCACGGUGGGGCUGGAGACAGUCCCAGCAGAUAUAGUGUGAGAGGCAGGGUACACCAUGUUGUCAGUCUGUCACAGAUUAACACUUGAACUAUACAACUAAAUUCCUGUAUAAAAAAAGACUUCUCUGUAAUCUCCUUGCAGUAUUUUUCUACAUGUAAAAUUGUGGUCAGAUAUGGAACUGCAGCAAGCCUCACAAAACUACCCUUCGGGCAAAAUACCUCUUUUGCUGUAAAGGUCAUGCUGGGCAACGUGAUAAAACAAAAGGAAUUGAGGUUGGGCCAAAAGGGUCCCAAAUUGGACGGCCCUCAGCUCAAGGCUAAUUUAAACAACUUUUAAGCACUAUAACUUUUUUUUUUCAUCUGGAGGUGUAUUUCUGUUCAUUUGUCUUUUAACAAGGAAUCAACUGUAAAUAGUGUUUAUACGAUCAGUGUAGUUUUGUGCAUUCAUAUUAUUUUUUUUAAACUAGAGAACUCAUAUCUACCUCUGCUGGUAAUCAAAGGAAUUAAAAAUGGCAGAUUUUCAGGCACUUGCUGCUAAAGUUUCAGCCAAAGUGAUGACUGUUUGAUGUAAAUAAUGUGUAUGUGUUUUUUUUUAAUGUUACUCCACACGGUGUAAAUAGGACACAUGCCCUUGAGUUUUCAUGUUAUUCUGUUAUGCCAUUAAACAAACAAAUAAACACUACAUAUUUGGGUAUAAAUCAGGAGGAAAAUAAUAUUUCUAGGUCACUGGUUCACUGGUUGUGAUUAGCAAUACCUUGCCUUAAUAGGACUCUCCAAACUUUCAUUUUGGAAAAAUAAAGUGUGUUUAGCUUGAAUGUCUUUUAAAAAUGUGUGCAACAUAUAUAUUGACAUUUUUAACUUGUACAAAAUGUAUUACAUGCAUAUUUCUGUUGAAUAAAUAGUGAGUU